CUGCGCAUGUCUCCCGUUCACCGACAGGUGAACGAGAGGCGAACGACGCACGCGUCCUUCACCACUGCGGCGUCUGAAAGUAGAGGACAAGAUGCCGCUUUGUGCCAGUUCUGCGCGUGCUCAGAACCACUGCGGGAUUCUCUCCAUCUCGGAGGGAAAAGACGUAAACAAUGAACUGUCCAAUUGGAAGCCGCUUGGACGCCGGAGUCCCGCUCCUUGAACACCACUCCCUCUUCCGGUUCCGGCGGCUAUUGUUGGAAGAUGGCUGUAACGGCGGGCGGACGGCUGCUGGCGCAGCUGGGACGGGUUCGAGCCCCGCCGGGGCGGAUGCUGGCCACUACCGUCUCCCACAGCGAUCACGGUUCAGGCCGCUUGUGGAAGACGCUCACCUUUUUCGUGGCGCUGCCCGGGGUGGCGGUCAGCAUGUUGAACGCCUACCUGAAGUCGAAGGAGCACCACGAGCGGCCAUCCUUCGUCCCCUACCCCCACCUCCGCAUCCGGACCAAGCCCUUCCCAUGGGGAGAUGGGAACCAUACUCUAUUCCAUAACCAUCACCUCAAUCCUCUGCCAACCGGUUACGAGGAUGAGUAAAGAAAACUUGGACCAGACUAAUCAGGCGCUGGGGACCACAGCAGCUAUUGGACCAUCAUUCAUUCUCCCUGUAUGUGGAUCAGAAAAUUCUUUGGGACCUUAAGUUCAUUAUCUUGCUCCUCACAGUGACAAAUGUGCUUAUCUUUUAUCAUUUUGCUUGUGAUUGGGAUGGCGUAAAUAAAUAAUUCUGACUUUA